UCUUGCCCUGCUUGUCUGACGUAAGGCAGUCGUCAGUUGGUGACGCUGUGUCUCUUUGUUGGCUUAGCAGCAGCGGCGACGUUUUGUUGUUAUUUUCGCCGCAGCUGAAAAACGGGCUCGGAUCAACGUUUCAUACGCUAUAGACCUUUAGGUGUGCUUGUCACUUGCUGAUAACCGCGCUAGGAAUGGACUCAGACGAGGGUUAUAACUAUGAAUACGACGAAGACGAGGAGGAAUGUAGCGAGGACAGCAAUGAAGAGGAACCCGACGACGACACCCUGGAGCUCGGGGAGGUGGAGUUGGUCGAUCCCGUGGUGGCCGGCGGGGAGCGAGAUGAGUGCGGUGAGACUGGCGGAGGAGGCCACGGCCCGGGCGAGGAAGAGGAGGAAGACUACCGUUUCGAAGUUUUGACUGCCGAGCAGAUCCUCCAGCAUAUGGUCGAGUGUAUUAGGGAGGUCAACGAGGUCAUCCAGAAUCCUGCAACAAUAACACGCAUUCUUCUCAGUCACUUCAACUGGGAUAAAGAAAAGCUCAUGGAAAGGUAUUUUGAUGGUAAUCUGGACAAGCUUUUCUCUGAGUGUCAUGUCAUUAACCCGAGUAAGAAGCCCCGAAUACGUCCUCCAAUCAACACUAGAUCAUCGGCACAGGACAUGCCAUGUCAGAUCUGCUAUCUGAACUUCCCCAACUCUUAUUUUACAGGCCUGGAGUGUGGACACAAGUUCUGCAUGCAGUGUUGGGGAGAUUAUCUGACGACCAAAAUAAUUGAAGAAGGAAUGGGACAGACCAUUUCUUGCCCUGCUCAUAGCUGUGACAUUUUGGUUGAUGACAACACAGUCAUGCGCCUCAUAACAGAUUCAAAAGUGAAGUUGAAGUACCAGCAUUUAAUUACAAAUAGUUUUGUAGAGUGCAAUCGACUGUUAAAGUGGUGCCCUGCACCAGACUGCCAUCAUGUUGUCAAAGUCCAGUACCCAGAUGCCAAGCCAGUGAGGUGCAAGUGUGGACGCCAAUUCUGCUUCAACUGUGGAGAAAAUUGGCAUGAUCCUGUGAAGUGUAAGUGGCUGAGAAAAUGGAUUAAAAAAUGUGAUGAUGACAGUGAAACUUCAAACUGGAUUGCAGCAAAUACCAAGGAAUGUCCAAAAUGCCACGUGACCAUUGAGAAAGAUGGUGGCUGCAAUCAUAUGGUUUGUCGAAACCAGAACUGCAAAGCUGAGUUCUGCUGGGUCUGUCUGGGUCCAUGGGAACCACACGGCUCAGCCUGGUACAACUGCAAUCGCUACAAUGAAGAUGAUGCCAAGGCAGCCAGAGAUGCUCAAGAGCGCUCCAGGGCAGCCUUGCAGCGGUACCUGUUCUACUGCAACCGCUACAUGAACCACAUGCAGAGUCUGCGCUUUGAGCACAAGCUCUAUGCUCAGGUCAAGCAGAAGAUGGAGGAAAUGCAGCAGCACAACAUGUCCUGGAUUGAGGUGCAGUUUCUGAAGAAGGCUGUGGAUGUGCUGUGCCAGUGCCGCUCCACACUCAUGUUCACUUAUGUCUUCGCCUUCUACCUCAAGAAGAACAACCAGUCCAUUAUUUUUGAGAACAACCAGGCAGACCUGGAAAAUGCCACCGAGGUGCUGUCAGGCUACCUAGAGAGGGACAUCUCCCAGGAUUCCUUGCAGGACAUCAAGCAAAAAGUACAAGACAAGUACAGAUACUGUGAGAGCAGGCGAAGAGUGCUGCUACAGCACGUGCAUGAAGGCUAUGAGAAGGACCUGUGGGAGUACAUUGAGGAUUGAGAACACGUCCCAAUGCAACGGACUCUUGAGUAUCUUGACAAACUAGAGCGCUGAUGCAAUUUAACAGGGCAGCACAGGCCUUCUGCCGCCUCUCCUUUGGCAAACCAACCACUUUUGCAUCAUUUUUUUUCUGGAUUUGUUUAACAAAAUCUUCAAAGUAAAUUAUAUUUAAAUAAAGGGUAGAGUAAUAAAAAAAUGUGUACUACAGUAUUGUUAGCAACAGAGUGGAGGGUUGAACAAGCAGAAGAUCCAUAUUAAACAAAUACAUCCUUUUGGCUUGUAUUGUAAUACCUCCCCUGAACUUGUUUUCCUCAUGUUUUUUGUUUGUUUUUGUUUUUUUUUGCUUGUGAAUCUUU